AUGGCCAGGACCAAGCAAACCGCCCGUAAGAGAAGCGGUGGAAAGGCUCCGCGUAAGCAGCUUGCUACCAAUGCUGGUCGCAAGAGUGCACCUGCGAGUGGUGUGGUUAAGAAGUCGCAUCGCUAUAGGCCUGUGACCCUGGCCCUUCGUGAAAUUCGCCGCUACCGGAAGUCGAACGAACUUCUUAUUAACAAGCUGCCAUUCCAGCGUUUGGUGAGGAAAAUCGCUCAGGACUUCAAGAGCGACCUCCGAUUCCAGAGUUCGACUGUGAUGGCCCUUCAGGAGGCCAGCGAGGCCUACCUAGUCAGUUUCUUCGAGGACACCAACAUACGCGCAAUCCACUGCAAAGGAGUUACCAUCAUGCCGAAGGACAUCCAGCUGACCUGGCGCAUCUGUGGAGAGCGUGCAUAA